CGUUUGUACAUCACCGGCUGGCGUGAUGCCAGCGCUCAUUUUUACUUUUUUUUAGUUUUUUUUAUUAAGCGUUUGAGUCGACCUGGUUUGUAUUUUUCAACAGUUCUCUGACUGGUUAAAUCGCGUGACUGUCGCGUCACGUGCCUUGGCGUGACUGAAUAAAGGUUUUGCUGUUGAAAGUGGCAGCGGCCUGACGGACUGGACUCGGUGUCUAUCGCGAUGAAAACCCAAGUGUCGCCGAGGACUCCAGCUCCGGUCGUCGGACUCUACUUCCUGUAUACUUCCCUCCUACAACGGCUCCAGCUCGGUUUGUACACGUCUCUGUGAAGAGUCAUGUCGAGGUCCAGCCGGCGCUACAAGCCCUUGCAGCAGAGCGAUGGCUCGCUCCCCGGCUGUGACCGCUGGCGGUGGCCGCGCGCGCGCCUACUACUGCUGUGUCUGCUCGCUGUCCUGGUUCUCGCCGUGGUCCUGGGGUUCUACCUGUCGAAUGAACCGACGACUGCACAUGUGCACCCGCUACCAGCUGUGGAUCUGAGCAGAGACCGGUUGUCCCACAAGGCCAGCAAGUGCUCACCGGCGCAGUUGCGUCGCCUGGCCCAGCAGGUGGACGGCCAUCGUCUGUGGGAGACUCAUCUCAGAUCCAUCCUGAUCGAGCGCCUGCCUGGAACCCCAGGAAGCGUUGCCGUGCGGCAGCACAUCACCUCCUCCCUGUCCUCUCUCACCGCUGGCUGGACCGUAGACCUGGACUCCUUUCAGUCACCCACCCCACGUGGGAAGGUCACCUUCACCAACAUCGUCGCCACUCUGGAUCCCUCAGCUCCACGCAGGCUCUUGCUCAGCUGCCAUUACGACUCCAAAGCUCUACCUCCUGACCCCCGCCGGCCGGGCCGGGUGUUUCUCGGGGCUAGCGACUCUGCCGUGCCGUGCGCCAUGAUCUUGGAGCUGGUGUCUGCUCUCGAUGCUCAACUCAGGUCCUUCAAACAGCAGAAACUUCCGGUAUCGCUGCAGCUGGUCUUCUUUGACGGCGAGGAGUCCUUCGAAGAAUGGACGGCCACGGACUCUCUGUACGGCUCCCGGCACCUGGCGGAGCGCAUGGCGCACACGCCACACCCUGCAGGUGCCAGCCACAGCAGCCUGCUGCAGUCUGUGGACCUCUUCGUGCUGCUGGACCUGCUCGGCGGUCCUGAUCCACUGAUCGCGAACCACUUUGACAACACGGCUCGCUGGUUUGACCGUCUCAUCGCGGCAGAGAAGAGGCUCCAUCGGCAGGGCCUGCUGACCUCUCACCCUUCGGAGCAGACCUACUUCAGGAAGGACGUCUACCUCGGACCAGUACAGGACGACCACAUCCCCUUCCUCCAUAGAGGCGUCCCAGUGCUGCACGUCAUUGCCACACCUUUUCCAAAGUUCUGGCACACGCUGGAGGACAACGAGGAGAACAUGCACCGGCCCACCGUGGAGAACCUGACCAAGAUCCUGGCCGUCUUCCUGGCAGAGUAUUUGGGAUUCUAAGCACAAAGCAGAGACUUCUUCACACAAAGUGGACCAGCGACGGCUGAAGUGGACUGACACACCAGCCUGAGUUUGCCAAGGUCUGAGCACAAGAUCAAGUCCUGCCUGGACGUCGUGUUGUGAGAAGAAUCUGUGAAUUUAUUUGUGGAUCGUUUCAGCUCUAAGAAGUCCCUUCACUGAACUAUUGUUAAGCCGCAUGAGUGGCUCGGGAAACUUGGUACUGUAUUGGACUUGACGGGUCGACACCAGGUUUGUUCUGGAGGGAGCUGAGUCCAGGACGGCUCCUACCUCUGCUUCGCCUGACCACCUGUCACAAGGGGCUCUCAUUGGAGUCAUUGUUAGCAGGCUAGCUUGAACCGUGGACCCCAUUUUCACAUACGGUUGAAACAGUAUUGCUAGGGGGCGCUGUUGAAAGUGAAGGUCAUGGCAAUCCUCCUGUCACAGUCUUCGGUCAUUUCAUAGUUAUGUUUUUAGGAACCAAAUCUGCUCCACGAGGCCUUUUGAAGACAAAUGUUUACUCAUAAAUAACUGUAUUUAUGGAUCACCAGCAGUGAAGUCUGGGGGUCAACGACCUGCUUUAUUUUUAUCAGUCAAGUAAAGUUCAUGAAGUUAUUUUGUGCAAAAA